AUGCCAAAUCAAUCGGUCCUAUUUUUGACGUUGGACGGUCGAGACCUGUAUUCCCUGCUGAAAAAUUUAGCGUUCUCGAAUGUUCCUGUUGAAUUGCCGUUCGAGCAGUUAAAAUCCCUAUUGCUGGACCACAUUCUUCCAGUGAAUUUUCAGGCCACUGAACGGGAAAAAUUCAACUCAAUGAUCAGAGCUACCAACAUACCGUACCAUGAGAAUUCAAGCCCAAUCUACAUGCUACAGACCACUGAACGCAACAGCCAGUUCGUGUUCACCCCAUUGGGGUUCGAGUCUGGUGGGGAGCAUAAAUCCAUCAUGGACACAGGAAGCAGUGAGUCUAUCAUACCGAAAUCAGCACUCACUGCGAUUUGUCCCAAUGCUGUUCUAACCCCGACUUCAGAGCGCAUUCAUGGGGUUUUCGGUUAUCAAUUUCAACUACUUGGCGAAAUGAUAUUAUGCGCUCAAUCUGAGUCCGGUGUGUUAAUCCCGAUCCGAUUCCUGGUAUCAGCUUACAGUCCGUGCAUCCUGGGCCUGCGAGCAAUGCGGUUACUACAAGGAUCAAUCACACUGCAUACUAAUAACGAUAAGCCAAUAACCUCACAUCUUCAACAUUUGAUUGUAAAAUGUUCCGGUAACGUUGGUGGCAUGAAGGUACCGUCGGAAAAAUUGGAAUUGGACGGUGAACCUAUUUUCCUAAAACGACGCAUCCCCCCAUACGGUCAAUGGGAAGGUGUCCUGAAAGCGUUACAGAAAAUGGAACGGGAUGGUGUGAUAAGCAAAGUUGAAUCCAGUGCCUGGGUGACCCCGAUUGUUGUGGCGAUGAAAAGUGAAGGACAACUGGGUCAAGCCAUGGUGGAAAUUCCCGACUUGAAUGAUGCUACUGUGCACGAACGACACGUGGAUCAAAUCCACUUCAAGUAA